AGUUGAUUUCAGAGGUGGAGCCAAAGGGCGAAAGGCUUUUUUUUUAUUUUAAGGAAUAAGGAGAGAGAGAGAGGCUGGCAGAACAUUCUUCCUAGACUGAACCAGCGAGGACAGCAAGCUAGAUUCGUAGAAUUAGAAAGAAAAUACCAUGCGGGACGUGGAAUUCUUUUGGAUCAGUUUCUUUCUGUCUUUGAUGGUGACUCACGUCAUUGGCCUUCAGUGCUACGCUUGCAACGGGGACAGCAAUUGCCAAGAAACAGAAGAUUGUGAAGAGUAUCAAGAACAAUGUAGCACCACUGUCAUGACCAUACUCACCCGUUCUAAGAUCUCCAGUUACUUCCUGAAGGGCUGUGAUGUGAGUGGGAAACCAAACAGUUCCAUCUCGCAUCUCUCCGGCAAUCAGGUUGUGUUUCUGACAGAGGAGCACUGCGGAACUGAGCUCUGCAAUGAGGGGACACUAGACGUACUGGAUGCUCUCACUGCUCGAGGUCGCCAGCGAAGUGCCUUGCACUGCUAUUCCUGUAGCUCCUCUGACAAGAACUGCUUCAAUGCCAGCCUUGCACAGAUGCGCUGUGCCCGGCCUGAGGAAGACUGCAUAGACAUCACAGCCUUUACAGUGCCAGAAGAGUUCCCGACGGAUGAACAGCGCAUCAAAGGCUGUGGCCUGCUCUCCCACUGCCAGGAGCCUCUGGGGUUCCACAACCAGAACAGUUUCUACCUGAUCAAGUGCUGCAAUUUCAGCGGGUGCAAUGAUGACAGGCAAGAUUACAAGAAUACCUCGUUGCCCCUGAAUGGGGUCACGUGUCACAGCUGCGAGGGAAACGCCACCCAUGGUUGCUCCCCAGAUGACAUCACUAAGGUGCAGUGCCAGGGUCCUAUGACCCAGUGCUUAGAAGCCUCAGGAAUACAUGGCAUCUCUGGACAAAGCUCUGUGGUCAAGGGCUGUGCUUCCCCGUCCUGGUGCGACAGUUCCUACACUUCCGUCUACAAGAACCUAGGGGCCCUUCAUAGCCGCUGCUGCACUGGUGAGCUCUGCAACAGCUGGAUCAUCAACGGGACACUGAGACCGUCCCCUAGGAGCCGAGCCAGUGACAACACCACAGUUCAACGUACCUUGCUUUCAAUGGGACUCCUGCUCUCUUUGACCUUUCUCCUCUCCUCAGGGAGCUCCUGAUCUCCACCUCUAAGAUCAGAGCUUUAUCCAAGCCAGGACUUAACCAGGGCUCAGACCCAGAACCUUUCCCCGCACCCCUUCCAGUAUUACAGUGCAGCUGUGAAGAAACAAUGGACCACCUCUGGGCAUAUGAAGAGCGCAUUUCCCAUACCACUGAGGAACUACAGACCAUGCCUAUAACACUAGGGAUUAAGAGGCUGGCCUUCCAGGUUCAAGUUCCAAGCAGGCACGAGCUCAAUGGCUUCUCUUUUGAAAGUCACCACUGAGUGGGGAGUAAGUCCCAUUGAACACAGCGAGACUUGCUUCUGAGUACACAUGCACUGGACAAGGCAGUAGGUUAUGUGUUGAGAAAGGAGGGACUGGAGUCUAGUGGUUAGAAAAGGACAAGGCUGGGGAUCCCUGGGUUGUGUGGGGGGGGGGCUAAAUGGAGGCUAGUGGAUUAAGCCAGAGGUGUCUGGAAAUCCCUGCUGGCAAAUACUUUUCUUUUGUUACACCCUAAACAGAAACGUCUCAUCUUAUUAUUUAUUCUUUUUCCUUUGCUAUGAAGACCCUUUGACUCUUUCUGGAAACAAGGAUUUGUCCCACGGGCUUUUUAAAAUCCGGAAGGUGGCUUUGGGAAUAGUUCCUGCACAGCACAAGCAAAGGGGGAAUUAGACUUGGGGGAUCGUGCCAAGGAACCUCUAGACACAUUUACCAUCCACCUCCAUUGGACCUUCUUGAAGUUUGUUUACCGCAUGACAUGGUGUCUCCCCUUAAGGUUAUGAUCAUGUUUUAUAUAUAUAUGUGUGAACAUUAUUUAUCUUAAUAAACUAUUUUUAUAAUAUUAAAAA